CAGCGUCUGAAUCGUAAACAAAACAGCUAGUGAAUUUUUUUUUUUCGAUUUAUCGUAAUUUUAUCAAUGAAAUAUCCUCCGAAGAUCCUGCCGUAUAGUAAAAAUGCGUCGGGAAAAGACAGCGGACAACGUUAGACCGUUCAAAUUAGCUCAUCAGAUAUUGAGCUUGACCGGCAUCAGUUUCGAGCGCAAAAGUAUUAUCGGAUUCGUAGAAUUAACGAUUGUUCCGGUCAAAGAAGUGUUGAAGAUAAUUCGUCUCAAUUGUCGCCAAUGUCGUAUAUAUCGGGUUAUUUUAAACGACAGUUACGAAGCAACUUUCCACUAUUUCGAUCCUUUCCUUGAUAUAUGUCAGGGUGAAACAAAAUCAAAAUCGCUAGAUAUAUUCUCUAAAUGCCAUUUGGAGGCCGCAAAAAAGACGGAUCCGGACUGUAGUACCGGAGAGUUGGUCAUUGUAAUUCCUGAGCAAGCGACUCAUUUGAUUGGAGAAGGUAGAGGACUUCGAGUCGGAAUUGAAUUUUCUUUGGAAGAUCCUUCCGGUGGGGUGCAUUUUGUAAUUCCUGAAGGAGAAGGAACACUGGAAGAGCGAGCUGCUCAUAUGUUUACUUAUGGUCAUGAAAACUCCUCUAGACUUUGGUUUCCGUGCGUAGAUAGUUACGCAGAACCAUGCACUUGGAAGUUGGAAUUCACGGUGGAUAAAAAUAUGACCGCAGUAUCGUGUGGAGAAUUGGUAGAGGUUGUUAUGACACCUGAUCUUCGAAGGAAAACCUACCACUACACGGUUUCGGUACCAGUUUCAGCCCCUAACAUAGCAUUGGCUGUGGGACCAUUUGAAAUCUAUGUGGAUCCCCACAUGCACGAAGUGACGCACUUCUGCCUGCCACAGUUAAUGCCGCUUCUGAAGAACACAGUACGCUACAUGCACGAAGCGUUCGAGUUCUACGAGGAAGCGUUGACUCAACGGUACCCAUUCAGUUGUUACAAACAGGUUUUCGUAGAUGAAAUCGAUAACGAUGGUAAUGCCUACGCUACAAUGACUAUUCUUUCGACACAUUUACUACAUUCGAUUGCUAUUAUCGAUCAGACAUUUGUUUCGCGAAAGGUAAUGUCGAAAGCCAUUGCCGAGCAGUUUUUUGGUUGUUUCAUAACCAUGCAAAACUGGUCCGAUGCAUGGCUUGCACGAGGUAUUGCGGAGUACAUGUGCGGUUUGUAUUCAAAAAAGUGCUUUGGAAAUAAUGCUUAUCGAAGCUGGAUCCGCGAUGAACUGGCAGAGGUUGUAAAAUAUGAAGAAAAGUUUGGGGGAAUCAUACUGGAUUGCAGUCAACCCCCGGCGCCACCGGCUGUCUCCAGUAUUAAUCAAUCUCCGGCUGCCCCUGCGAAAGCUUACAAUGAUAAUCCGUUUUACUUUCCAAUUAAAAAUUUACACACUAUAUCGCCGAAAUAUGUCGAAAUAAUGAGGAAAAAAGCCCACUUAGUGAUUAGAAUGUUGGAACAUCGAAUCGGGCAGGAAUUAUUGUUGCAAGUUUUUAAUAAGCAGCUGGCCCUGGCUUCAAAUGCUGCGUCGACAAAAAUAAGCAGCGGUCUUUGGCAUCACCUACAUAUUUCAACAAACAUUUUCACUAAAGCUAUUUUCACAGUAACUGGAAAAGAUAUGGCUGUCUUUAUCGAUCAAUGGGUGAGAACUGGAGGUCAUGCUAAGUUCACCAUGACAUCGGUGUUCAACAGAAAGCGUAAUACAAUUGAGUUGGAAAUCAGACAAGAUGCGGUUAACCAGAAAGGCGUUCGAAAGUACGUCGGUCCACUGUUGAUCCAGCUGCAGGAAUUGGAUGGAACGUUUAAGCAUACGCUGCAAAUCGAAAACAUUGUUGUAAAAGCGGAUAUCACGUGUCAUUCAAAAAGUAGGAGAAACAAAAAGAAGAAAAUUCCUCUUUGUACUGGUGAAGAAGUCGAUAUGGAUCUUUCUCCUAUGGAUGAAUCUCCUGUUUUGUGGAUAAGAUUGGACCCAGAGAUGACCCUGCUUCGUUCGGUGCACAUAGAACAACCGGAUUUCCAGUGGCAGUUUCAGCUGCGCCAUGAACGUGAUGUUACUGCUCAGUUAGAAGCAAUCGAUGCGUUAGAAAAAUAUGCUUCGCCUGCCACCCGAUUGGCUCUUACUGAUACCAUCGAAAAUGAGCAAGUUUUCUUUGAAGUGCGCUGCAAAGCAGCUCUUUGUCUCACAAAAGUAGCGAACGCUAUGGUCACUUCCUGGCAGGGUCCACCAGCUAUGUUAACCAUAUUCAAAAAGUUUUUUGGUUCGUUCAGUGCACCGCAUAUUAUACGACAAAACAACUUUACGAAUUUCCAGCACUAUUUCCUCCAGAAAACUAUUCCGGUUGCGAUGGCCGGCUUACGGACAGCACACGGUAUCGUCCCACCGGAGGUGAUUCGUUUCUUACUGGAUCUAUUCAAGUACAAUGAUAAUACAAAAAAUCAUUACUCUGAUAACUACUAUCGAGCGGCGUUGGUGGAAGCGUUGGGGAACUCGAUCACACCAGUCAUAUCAGUGGUUCACCAAGGAAUGGCACUAACAUCGGAAAACCUUUCGGCUGAUGCCAAAUUGGUCUUAGAAGAAGUUACUCGCAUUUUGAAUUUAGAAAAGCAUCUACCAUCCUACAAGUACACCGUUUCGAUUGCCUGCCUGAAAGUAAUCCGUAAAUUGCAGAAAUGCGGACAUUUGCCAACGAAUCCAAAAAUUUACCGCAGCUAUGCAGCCUAUGGCCAGUACAUAGACGUGCGCGUAGCCGCUAUGGAAUGUCUGGUUGAUUUUGUAAAAAUAGACGGCAAAUGGGAGGAUUUAGAACAUUUGAUUGACCUCCUGGAAACAGAUCCGGAUCCGAUGGCCAGGCAUAGACUUGGUCGACUGAUGAUCGAAAAUUUCCCUUUCGACAAAAGCAACAGACAUCGAUUAGAUCGGGAAGAGUUAGCACUUAGAAUUUGGAACAACAUGAACGGUCUUCUUUCGCAUGACACGCGUCUCCGCUGUGACAUGGUAGAUUUAUACUACACUCUGUACAACGUGCGUGUUCCAAACUGCUUACCCAAUCCAGAACUUGCUUCUAUUUUGAAGCCUCAGAAACUGGCAUCUUCGUUUGCUGCUGUAGCUGACCGUGAUCGUGACCGUGAGCCGGAACGAGUCCCAUCACCAGACAUCGAAUUAGAAACAUUCCCCCAGAAACGCCCACGUUCUGCCAGCCCGUUAGAUAUCAAGCCUCUCGAUCUUGUGGAUAUUGGUCAAACAGAGUUGAUCAUACCGAAGAGCCGGGGAGGAUCACCGAUAAUUGAAGAGGUUCGCGAAGACAUCAUCCUGGAGACAGUGGAAACUAGCAUCAAGACCGAAAUUGUUGAAACGGAGAAGCCAGAACUCAAAGAAGAGGUUAUUGACUUGGAGGAUAAUAAUUCGGUACCACAUGUCACCGACGAACAGCCACUUUUGAAGAAAUCUAAAACUGAAUUUUACUCUGAUAAUUCAAUUUCUUUGCCCGGUAUUCCGUCCAGCAACACUACGGCAACUGGACCAACAGGCUUUGAACCUGGCAUGUUUGGUAAAACUGCGGAAACACUGCCUGUGGUACCGUUGGAACCGAGUGUUGGCAGUAAGUCCGACGGAAGUAAAAAAAAGAAAAAGAAGGAGAAGAAAAAACAUAAGCAUAAACACAAGCAUAAGCACAACAAGGACAAAGAUAAGGAACGAGAUAAAGAUAAGGAUCGCGACAGGGAACGGGAAAAAAGCAAAGAGAAAAAAGAUCCCAGCGUCGUACGAGCGAAUAAAGAGGACACCCAGGAAACACUAAGCUCAGCAGAUAGCUCGAGUAGAGAUAGUAAUCCUACCACGUUGGAUUUAACGUUGUAAGAUUUUACAGAUAAGUUUUACCAUAUUGGACAGAUUAAAAUACAUUAUAUUCCGAGAGAUGAAA